AUGUUUAGGAUUGGCAGAAAGAUUCAUACGUGUAUUGCUCGGCAUGGCCCUGUAAGGGAUCAGAUUGUGCAAAGACUCCAAAAAGAGUUUAAGCCCACUCACUUGGCAGUCGAAUGUGAAAGCCAAAAUCACGCUGGUGAUCGCAGUGAAGAGAGGCAUUUUUAUGUGCAGAUUGUUUCUCAACACUUUGAAGGAUUACGAACUUUACAGAUGCAUCGUCUUGUUAACGACUGCUUGAAAGAAGAGCUUGCUGGACCGGUGCACGCUCUUCGAAUAGAUGCAUACGCUGCAUCACAGUUCUCUAAUAAUGCACCAACAGAUCCUCCUAAAUGCGCUUCUCGUACGUAA